UAUGUCAGGUUCAUAUUAUUAUUUUUGAAGCUCUAUUAAUUUGACUAGUAGUAAGUUGCCCAAAAUUAAAUAGCUUGUAUAAAUAAAAUUUUAAAAUUAUGGAUUCCUUUUGGAAGACAUCGAAGAGCAAGUUUCAUAACACCGUCAUGAGUUUAAAGUCAAGGUUGAUCAAAAUAAAAUCUGUUCGGUUACCACAAAUCUUGACAACUGAGCGCGAUAAGUCGGUCAACGACAAUUGGAAGGUUGAGGUCUUGGUCUUUGGCUCAAUAAAUAUGGAAUAUAUAACAUAUCUCAAUGAACUUCCUGAACCGGGAGACACGAAGAAGGCAAUGUACAGGGAGCAAUGUUUCGGAGGCAAGGGGGCAAAUCAAUGUGUGGCAGCUGCAAAAUUGGGUGCCAAGUGCGCUCUGGUCUCCAAAUUGGGCAAGGAUGAUUUGGGCAACAUGUACUACGAGUACUUGCAACAGAUGGACAUCAAUGUAGACUACGUUGAGAUGUUGGAGGGACAGGAAACGGGCAUUGCCCAGAUCAAUGUCGAUGACAAUUCACAGAAUACGACUGUCAUACUGCCUGGAGCCAAUGGAAUGCUUAGCCACAAGGAUGUCUCCCGUUCCAAGAAGCUGUUCAGAGAGGCCAAAGUGCUUCUUUGUCAGCUGGAUACGGAGCCCAAGGUCUGCCUGUGUGCACUGAAACAAUUUAAAGGAGUUUCCAUCUUAAAUGGCGCACCGGGUAUUAGGAAUAUAUCCCCGGAGCUCAUCAAAGCGCCGACAAUACUUUGUAUCAAUGAGUUGGAGGCUGCGCAACUCACGGAUCGCCAGGAGAUUAGGUUUGUGCACGACGCGAAGGAAGCUGCCGAGGAAUUGCUGGAGAGAGGUGCCAAGACGGUUAUCAUUACAAUGGGCCAUCAAGGCGCUGUUUAUCUAUCGAGCAGUGAACCAGAUACAUGCAUCCAUUGCCCGGCUGCACCCGUGCGCUACUUGGCCGACCCAUCGGGUGCCGGGGAUGCCUUUUUGGGCAGUUUGGCCUACCAUAUGCUUCACUUUCCCAAGUUAAACCUGGAGCAUCACAUUCAUGCGGCAAAUGUUUGUGCCGCCUAUGCAGUGGGACAUCGCGGCACUCAGCCCAGUUUUCCAGGGCCAGAAUUGGCUCAAGACGAUCUCUGUUUGAUUGAGCCUGCUUUUUACAUCAUUCCCGAUGAUAGCUCAGAGCAAAAAGCUUGGCGAGAGCGACAGGCUGCGCUGGCUUUAGCUCCAGCUCCAGCUGCACCCGCAGCUCCAGCUCCAGCUCCAGUUACGGCAACAAAAUCAAAGCCUGAGACUGACGAUGAGGAUGAGAAAGAGAAAGAGCCAAGGGCACCUCCACUUCCGUCUCUGAUUGCGGCUGUGGUUCCAGCUCCGACUCUGAUUCCGGCUGUGGCUUCAGCUCCAGCUGCAGCUCCUGAUCUUGCUCCGGAGCCUGUUUCAGUCCCCGUUGAGACACCUCCACCGCAGCCCGUGGCAGUUGAGGUUGCCCCAAAGCUUGCCUCAGCGGAGAAACGUGAAGCGGCAGUUGUAGUGCCAGCUCGUGCCGCACAACGUGCCACAGAGCUGACAGCAGCAGCUGUAGUGUCAGCCCGUGCCACACAGCGAACCACGGAGGUGGCAGCCACCGUGGUGCCAGUUCGCAUCAUGCAGAAAGCCAGAAAAGUCAACCAUAAAAAGCGACCAAUCCACAAAUCUAAUGCUCAUUAAACAAACCUUUCGGUUACAACAAAUUUGGUAUUACA